CUAACAUGAACCAUCAGGUGGCGCAAAGGAAUUUGCAUGACGGUGAUCUAAACGUGGAAUAUGAAUAUGGAUAUACGAGAGCCCUAAGGAUGGAGCGAUCGCGCCUUUAGGCUGCUUUAUGGGAGAUGUGGCACCGUGUCCCUGUCGCUUUGGGGGCCGUGAUGUGACGCUAAGCCGCGGGAAGCGUAACGCGGUGAUGAGCCGCAGUUUUACGCUGGUUAAAGAGACGGACCCCGGGUCCUGCUGUUUAUUCCCAUGCUAUACGCUCUCUCUCUCUCUCCGGCUUCAUCCCUCCGUCACACACAUUUAGAAAAUGGAGUUUGCCGAAAGGAAAAGGAGCAGGAAAUCGCAAAGCUUUAAACUGGUUAAUGAGGAAGAUAAUGAAACUAGGUACUUUGACGGUGCCGGCAGCAUAGACGUCAAUGGCAGAAUUAAAGAUGUUACCAUAACUGAAGGUUGGCUUGGAGACGACGGCAUGGAGAUCAAGAGGCAGAUCACGGGGAUGAUGCGGCUGCUGAGCGACAAGGCCAGCCGUGGGCACCAGCGGCCCGGUGGCACUGGGGACAGCCUCAAGGCGGAGCCCCAGGACGCAGAGCUGAGCUGGGGGCAGCCCUUGGCGUUGUGUCUCGACGAGCCCCAGCACAGCACCUGGAACCUCGAACCCGCACCGAGGCCUCAGGUGCUAGGGCAGUACAGUACCCGUUCCAAGACCUCGAGGAUGCUGAGGGAUGCCGGAGGCGCGGUAAAUCCCAAUGUGACAAGCCUGCCCGGAAUCAUGGAAGCAAACUGCUGCAUGUGUAAUUGCAAGAGCACAUUGCAGGCCAUCCUGCAGGAGCUGCGCGCCGUCAGGAAACUGAUGCAGCGGCAGAAAGUGGCUCAGGAGAAGCAGCAGAGAACCUCAACCACUAUCAGCCCCAUCCAAUCUCCUGUCCCAAGAAAGAGGCCAUGCAAGAGGAGACCUGCCCACAAGGUGGUGCCAGUGAGUUUGCCUGGAAAAAGGGCUUCUCUCCUAGCCGGCGCCAUGCCAGACUCCUGUGGAGGGAGGGACAGAGGGCCAAGGGAAAUAUCUGUCCUUGACCAGUUGGACCAGUCUGGCCAGCCUCCCAAACCUGCCUCACCACCACCUGCAGAUGAUGCCUUCAGUCGCUACAACCUUCAGAGGGACAUGUCAUCCUCCGAGGUCGGUGUUCAGCCCGAGGUCCAGCUGGCAGAAGACUACGACGUGUUUAUCUCGAAGUCCCAGCUGGACUCCAUCUUGGUCAAUUACACCCGCUCUGGGAGCCUGCUCUUCCGGAAGCUGGUGUGCGCCUUCUUCGACGACGAGACGCUGGCUAACUCGCUGCCUAAUGGCAAACGGAAGAGGGGCCUGAAUGACAACAGAAAGGGUCUGGACCAGAACAUCGUGGGGGCCAUAAAGGUGUUUACAGAGAAGUACUGCACCACUAACAAAAUUGAGAAGCUCCCCGGUCCCAGAGAUUGGGUGCAAAUUCUGCAAGACCAGAUUAAGCUGGCCAGGAGACGAUUAAAAAGACAGAACAUGGAGGCUGCAGAUGCUGUUUUGAACAAAACUGCCAUAUAUACCACAGAAGAGUGUCACUGCUCAGAAGGCAGGAAGGAAAAAACAGAACUGCUUAGAGGUAAUGACUUAAAGAAGACUGCAGUUGUCAUUGAAGAGGACAUCUCUGCUUAAUGCUUAAUGCAUUUUCCAGCCAGAUAGAAACAGCUUAGUGAUGGAAUGAUGUUUGUCAAGCCCCCCGGCUCCUCUGACCCUGAGCCACUUUGAAAACUGAAAAGUGAUGUGUGUGUCGACUUAUAAAAUGCUUCUUUUCCUACAUCCCAUCUUGAGACAUACAUAUAAGGUGAGAGGGCAGCUUGGGGUGCGAGUGCAGGGGAGGCCGUUUUUCUGAGGAUAUUAGAGCAUUUUCUGGGGGGGUUAAAGGCCCUUAAAGGCCUUAAUGUCCAUCCAAAAUAUCUGGGUAAUUAAUGAAAUCAUUCCCAAGUGUAGUGGACCACUGCAUUAUUACAGACACAAGGAACUUUUCCAUGAAACUGGACAGUUUUGUGUUGCUGACUUCGGUGGUCUCAUUUUAUGAAAGAUUUUUUUUUAGCUCUGUCAUUUUACACACUUAUUUAUAAUUGGGCAUAAUUAAUAAGUGGCUUUUAAUUGCCAAUUUCAGGUGACUGUCUGUCACGUUUACAUUGCGCCCCUUAAAUGUCACCAUGUUUAUUAUUUGUUUUUUAUCUUGAAAUCACUGUAUUCUGUCCAUAUAGACCUAUUCUCAUAGCAUCAGUCUACUAUUUGUCCUUCUUUGAACAUUAAUUACCAGCAGUUCACAGUUGUGCUAACUGGACCUAAUGGAGGACUGCAAAUGAAGUCCGUCCGUCGAGGAAAGCAAAUUGUAGUUCAGCUCAAUCUAAAAUUGCCAGAUUGGGUGGCUAGAUAACAUAUUUUCAAUCCGCUGUGUGAUUUGAUUUACUUUAGCUAACUGUUCUCUCGAUUAAGCAUUGUAAUGCUAAUCGUGUUUAUCGGAUUCAUACCAAACACAUAUCUUGAUGCAGGACAUUUCAAGGAAACGGUAAUGCCGUGCUCAUUGAAUAAUAAAAAUGCAAAUUUAAAUGGAAAUUAACAUGACAAUAACAACAGAUGUUCCCCUAGACUUGCAAUUAUGGCAGUUUUAUGCAUUUCAAUGACUACAUGUAGUCAUAUCCUACCCAUGACAUUCGAAAUACAUAUAAUUAUCAUUUAGUUUACUAUUCUUUAAUUAUUUUUGGCCAAAUGAAUUAGAAAUGUAUGUCAUAUAUUUAAAUAUUUUAUAUUAAAGCCAGGCAUGGUGGUGCAGUGGUUAGCACUGUUGCCUCACACCUCUGGGGCCCAGGUUCGAGUAUCUGCCUGGGUCACAUGUGUGUGGAGUUUGCAUGUUCUCCCCAUGUCGUCGUGGGGUUUCCUCCAGGUACUCCGAUUCCCCCCCCCCCCCCCCCCCCCC